AUGCCCUCGGUCUCUUGUCAAAAGUGUCAUCAGAAUGUGGCCUUGCCCGCAUCGACGACGUCCGCCUCUGGAGGCUUGGCAGCCUCGGCCUGGGGCAUCAUCUCCUCUGCCGACCGACAGCUGCACGCGCUUGCCGCCGGAGACAACGACGACGCCACGAGCAGCUCCCAACCAAAUCUCAGCGCACCCUUGACGCACAAGCUGCUACUUCAGUCCGCGCUCAAAGACAUACUCACGGCGCCACGGCUCAACCAUCCGCUUUGCAAGGAAUGCACUGAUCUUCUGGUUAGAAUCAUGAAGGAGGAGACGGAAGAGAUCCGGAGCGAACGCGAUGCGCUCAAUAGAUUUGUCAAGGAGAUGUCGGAACAUCAAGACCGGGAGGAAGGGGACGAGGAAGAAGAUGAGAUGUAUGCGGGGCAGUCGAUCGAGGAGGUGAGCUUUGCGCAACCAAGACUGACAUGGGCCAGCCUGUUCCGCAAGCUGAUCUACCAUCUCAAUCUCAUCUGCCUCAAAAGCUUGAACGCCAGUCAAAGUUGGCCACCGAUGAGCUCAGGGCUGCGGAUGCGGAAAGGGUUCAGGUGGAAGAGGAAAUUGCCGCUUUGGAUAGAGAAGAGGCAGAGCUUGAGGCUGAAGAAGAAGCGUCAGUCAUUCUUGCGGCGUAGCCCGAUGCUACAUCACAGCCGGUUUCCGAGCGCACAUUACUGUCGUUGAAGGCCGCAUGAGCUGACCCUCAGCAACUUCGUCCUCGUCUUGGACCCGCACAUUCGACUCUCAGCUUCUGUGCGCAGCAUUCUAACCUCCUGUUGGAGCUGUCUGCCGUCUCAGCGCAAAGGGACUCCCUUCGCACAUCCAUCUCUCUAGAUGCAGCUCAGCUGUCACGUCUGCAACAGACGAAUCCCUACAAUGACGCCUUCUCUAUCGGUCACUCGGGUGGCUUUGCUACCAUCAACGGACUGAGGUUGGGCAAGCUGCCCAAUGCUCACGUGGACUGGAAAGAGAUCAAUGCUGCCUGGGGUCAGACCGCUCUCCUACUCGAUGUGCUCGCCAGAAAGGUCGGCGUGCAGUUCACAGAGUGAGUGGAGAAUUUUCGAGGGGCCAAACCCGCGCGACGCGCGACGCCGCUGAAUUGCUAUCCCGUUUGGGUCUCGAGCUACCAUCUGAUCCCCAAGGGCAGCUUCAGCACUGUGAAGAAAGCGAGCGGCGAUGAAGCUGUUUAUGAACUGUGAGUGGUGUCAAGUCUUGGGCUGAAAGCUUGCGCGACCGUCUUGCUGAUAUGCCACAAUCAUUCGCCUGUUGGAUAGAUACGGCACGGGCGAUUGGCAAAUAGGUCGAUUACUGGCGCCACAAUCACGAAGGUUCGACCACGCUAUGGUAGCCUUCCUAGAGUUACUGCGCCAAUUAGCAGCAGCAGCCUGCGCAAGUGACCCCGAGCUCAGGCUGCCCCACGCGUGAGUUCCGUGCACCGCGGGUCUCAACACGCUCACUGUGCUAACCAAAGCAUUUGGCAAUCGAUCAGCAUAAGCAAAGACAGGAUUGGAGAAGCUUCGAUCAGACUUCACUUUGGAAGCGAGGAGACGUGGACUAGAGCUCUUCGACAUGUCCUUCUGACGUGGGUCACUCGGACUGUCCUGCGUAGACGCGAGUAAUCACGCUGACCUGCGCUCUGCUUUUGGUCCAUCCAGGCUCAAAGUCUUGCUCUCAUGGGCCUGCCGAAGGACGGACGAUUAG